AUGGAGACGAAGAAUGUACCAAUACUAUUCCUCAAGGCCCGCUCUCAGCCGCACGAGCAAUACUACGAAUACUUCACCUCCAGCCCAAUAGACGGUUCCGUCUUCAAACCAGUCUUUAUUCCAGUCCUCAAACAUCACCACAUCAACCUAGACAAUCUGAAAACCCACCUCAUAAGCAAAUCCGAUCCCACAGAUCCUAAUUCAUACGGAGGUCUAGUAAUCACGUCCCAGCGCACCGUCGAAGCCCUCUCCAGCAUAAUACCCGCUCUCCCACCAACGACCCUCCAAACCCUAUUCGCAAACACAAAGGUAUGGGUUGUCGGCCCCGCAACGGGCUCAGCGCUCAUCGGACUAGGUUUUAGGGCGUCAAACGUCCUAGGCCAGGACUCCGGCAAUGGGGAAGCUCUAGCAAAGUUGAUCCUAGAAUCCUACGGAUCUCGGCCAAAACCGCUUCUGUUUCUCGCAGGAGAGACCAGAAGAGACAUAAUUCCCAAGACACUUUCUACAGCUCCCGGGGAGAAGAAUAUCGCGGUGGAGACGUUGACGGUAUACGAGACUAUUGUGGACGAGGAGUUCGAUGCCAAAUUUGAGAAGGCGAUCGAUGAGACGGGAGGUACGACCAGGUGGAUAGUUCUGUUCUCCCCUGCGGGGGCGGACAUAGCGGUUGGUGUAUUGACGAAGCAUCUCACUCCUCUCUCCCAUGGGUCAUAUCUGGCGGCUAUUGGCCCCACAACAGAGAAGCACCUUGUCGACAAGUUGUCUUGGAAACCAGAUGUUGUUGCUGAAAAGCCGACCCCUCAAUGGUUGUGGGAGGGUAUCCGAGAAUUUAUGCACCGAGAUGGGGCUAAGAGGGACGAUGUAACGGUUAGUGAUGAUUAG